AAAUUGCAGCACAAAACGACACUAUCAGUCAUUAUUAUUCACAAAUUUGUUUCGUUUUUAUAUAAUAUUUUUGUAAUAGAAUGUUAAUGAGCAUUUAGAUGUUUAUGUUUAUAUUAUUUUGGAUUCCCUUCAUACACUUUGUAGACGCAUCUGAAUCUGCUACUUGGCAGUGGCAGUACAGCACGCCCGUCUGCUUCAACGAUGGCGAGAAUGCCACGCUGACAUGGAGAGUGACUCUGAACUCGGGGGAAGAAUUUGGAGCUGUGAAUAUCUGGCAGCAGCCUGUUCCGGGUGGACCAUUAAGUCAGAUGUAUUCUUCGGCUUCAGGAAAGACAUUAGCGUUCAGUGAUCGAGUAAUGUCGGCAUCGUACUCGGGUUCAUCUCCUGUGUAUGAUGUGGUGUUUACACUGAAGGUAAACAACAGCGAGGAUGGAUUCGGAACCAAACAAAUACAGUGCCGUAUGACUUCAAAGAACUACCUCACCGGCAGCCUGCGACAGACACUAUUCUCAAAGUGCAGGUUCCACCCAGCAGCGUUAAUAUAACCCCACCGAGUCCUACCGUGACCGAGCGUGACCAAGUGAACCUGACGUGUUCAGCUGAUGGUACUCCUCCACCAACCUUCACAUGGAUCAGCCCUCAGGGGCACACCGUAGCACACGGACCGUCCUACUCCAUUCCCAUGGUGCACCGCGACAUGUCAGGGCUAUACACGUGCGUCGCUACUGAUGGGUGUGGACGGAAUCACACCAGGGAUGCGACACUAGCAGUAAGAUACAAGCCUGACAAUACCUCUUUGACCAUACUGGGUGGAAACGCAUCUGCUCAGUGUGGAUCAAAAAUAUCAUUUAACUGUACUGCUGACGGCGUUCCAAAACCAAAUAAGUACUCUCUUUACUUGGGGAAUCAGGCGAUGAAGACGGACACCAAUGGUGAAUUUAGUAACAUCCAGCUGAACACUUCAGGAGAACAUGUGUUCACGUGUGUACCUACUAAUGAAAUUGAUGAAGGACUAAACAAAACUGUGAUCGUAAACGCAUCAGAGGUACUUCCUGUAGUGUCCGUCGACAUCCCGCCCAAUGGUAGAAUGAUUAAAGGGUCAAAUGUUACUUACAAGUGUGACGCUAAAGGGCCGGUACCGUUACAAAUCAGCUGGUACAAAGACAAUAUUUUCAAGGCCCCUGGGAAAACCCUCACCAUAUCGAAAGUCACAGUACAAGACGAAGGGAACUACACUUGUAAUGUGUCAAGUUCAUGUGGAACGGCGUUGAACACCUCGUUUAUUGGCGUUGAUUACAUUCCAGAGAACACAACUCUCCAAAUCAACAAAUCGAAUAAUACUAGUAUAAUCGCUUGCGUUGGAGACAUUAUCCUGCUAAACUGUUACGCUGAAGGCAAGCCUUCAGUUAUCACUUAUUCCCUUCUGCUGAAUGGUGAACAGCAUAAGGCUAAUCGAAGUGGAGUUUUUCUUGUCUUCCUCGGCACUCCUGGAUGGAACAAUUUUUCUUGCGUUCCUUACAACACUAUCGGCAAAGGGCCAGAAGCACUUGUUCACAUCAUCGUUCCAGUCACUCCCAGCAGCGUUGAAAUUUCCCCACCGAGUCCUACCGUGACGGAGCGUGACCCAGUGAACCUGACGUGUUCAGCUGAUGGUACUCCUCCACCAACCUUCACAUGGAUCGGCCCUCAGGGGCACACCGUGGCACACGGACCGUCCUACAAUAUUCCCAUGGUGCACCGCGACAUGUCAGGGGUCUACACGUGUCUGGCUACUGACGGAUAGAAUAGUAGUGGCGACAAUUUUGCGAGGUUUCAAUCUAUUGCAGCGUUGUGCUAAAGCUAUAGUUUCUCAUGCAUUACAUACCCUAGAAUACAUGAUGUAAAAAGUUAUUGAUAAUGGCUCUGC